ACGAUUCCUUUUCCGCUUCUCUUUUCACUGUUAUAAAUCUAGAACGUCCCUCUCCCUACUUCAGUUACAAUCUAAGAACAAGAGUCCAUUAGUUUUCUCGGGAAAAUUAUCCACACUGUUUGAACUCGAUUGAGCAUAAAAAAAAACAGUGACUUUGCUGGUGAUUUCUUUGUUUGCUCUUAAUAAAGGUAAAACAUGGCGCAGAGUAACUGGGAAGCCGAUAAGAUGCUUGAUGUUUAUAUUCAUGACUAUUUGUUGAAAAGAAAAUUGCUUGCUUCUGCAAAUGCGUUUAUGACGGAAGGGAAGGUUGCUACAGAUCCAGUAGCAAUUGAUGCACCAGGAGGAUUUCUCUUUGAAUGGUGGUCUGUCUUUUGGGACAUAUUCAUUGCAAGGACAAAUGAGAAGCAUUCAGAGGCUGCUGCAGCUUACAUUGAGGCACAGCAAAUUAAGGCAAGGGAGCAACAGCAGAUACAAUUGCAGCAGCUGCAGCUGUUGCAGCAGCGCAGUGCUCAGUUACAGCGAAGGGAUCCUAGUCAUCCUCCUCUUGGUAGUGCUAUAAAUGCUAUAAACUCUGAGGGUGUUAUGGGGCAACCAUCGGCCAGUGUGCUAGCCAUGAAAAUGUAUGAAGAUCGUAUGAAACACCCUCACUCAAUGGAUUCAGAGGCUUCCCCUGCGCUUAUUGAUGCCAGUAGGAUGGCCCUGCUCAAAUCAGCUGCAAAUCCACAAGGCCAGUUGGUACAAGGCAAUUCUGGGAACAUGCCAGGUGCUUUGCAGCAAAUCCAAGCACGAAUUCCUUUAACCACUGACAUCAAAAGCGAAGUUAGCUUAGGUGCAACUCAGAAAAGUUUGCCUAUGGAUCCUUCAUCAAUUUAUGGACAAGCCAUUUUACAGUCAAAAUCUGGACUAAGCACUGCAGGAUUGAAUCAAGGUAUUACAGGUCUUCCUUUGAAGGGUUGGCCUCUAACUGGAAUCAACCAGUUACGACCGAAUUUGGGUGUACAAAUGCAGAAGCCAAAUCUUCAGACCCAAAAUCAGUUCCUUUUGGCACCUCAACAACAGCAAGUUUUGGCACAAGGUAAUUCCACAAGUUACGGAGAUAUGGAUCCUCGCAGAUUUUCUGGACUGCCUAGGGGUGGCUUGAAUGCAAAAGAUGGUCAAUCUACCAGAAAUGAUGGAUCAAUGUCCUCUCCAGUUUUAUCGAGUUCACCAAAGAUAAAAAUGGCUCAGAUGCAGCACCCUUCCUCUCAACAACAUGAACAAUUACCACAACAGCAACUACAACAGAAAAACAGAAAGAGGAAACAACACUCUUCCUCUGGACCUGCCAACAGCACCGGCACAGGAAACACUGUUGGCCCUUCACCCAGUUCGCCAGCAUCAACUCACACACCUGGUGAUGGAAUUAACACAGCCAAUAGUAUGCAGCAAGUCAACAGUAUGCCAAAAAGCUUGAUGACGUAUGGUCCAGAAGGAACAGGACUUCCGUCAUCUUCCAAUUUACUGGAUGAUAUUGAACGAUUUGGAGAUGUUGGUUCUUUAGAAGACAAUGUGGAAUCAUUUUUGUCUAAUGAUGGGGGAGACAGGAGGGAUCUGUAUGGGACAUUAAAGCAGAGUCCUAAACAGCACCAAAAAGAUUCUUCUAAAGGUUUUACAUUUGGUGAAGUUGGCUGCAUACGGACCAGAACCAGCAAAGUUACUUGCUGUCACUUCUCUUCAGAUGGGAAGUUGCUGGCUAGUGCUGGACAUGACAAAAAGGUUGUCCUCUGGAACAUGGAUACUCUGCAGACAGAGAGCACUCCCGAAGAACACAAGUUAGUUAUCACAGAUGUUCGGUUUAGACCAAAUUCAUCUCAGCUGGCAACAGCUUCAGUUGACAAAUCUAUACGAUUGUGGGAUGCAGCCAAUCCAAACUAUUGUUUACGUGCAUAUACGGGGCACAACUCACCUAUCAUGUCCCUUGACUUCCACCCUAAGAAGACUGAUUUAUUUUGUUUCUGUGAUCAUGACAAUGAAAUUCGGUACUGGAAUAUUAACUCAUUCUCUUGUACUCGUAGUUCAAAGGGAGGUACUGCACAAGUGAGGUUUCAGCCAAGAACUGGACAACUGCUGGCAGCAGCCUCAGAUAAAAUAGUUUCCAUCUUUGAUGUCGAAACUGACAGGCAAACGUACUCAUUCCAGAUAUCGGAGAUCCAACGCUGGGGAACGAGGUGUUCAAGAAUGCCGAUGGAAGCAUCCGCAUAAAGUCCAAUUCCUCGGGUAAGUUCUGGAGGCUUGCCGAGGAUGAUUGGAUCUACGCUGACUCAGAUGAUACCACCAGCAACGACUCUAGCACGUUAUUUUGGCCUUCUCUAUAGACAACGAACCAUGCAUGGAGGUGGAAGAGAUUGUCCUUUCAAGGAGUAUCAGUGAUGUCACUUAUCGCCUCAAGGGCCUCACAAUGGACAACCAAAAUGUUGUCCAAAAAUCGGCUUUGGUGGGGAUGUUAAUCGUAACAAAGAAUCUUUUCCGGCAGAGGUAAAGGUCUCCGGCGUCUCCUCACUUCUGCGGCUUGGUAGUGUAGGGAGCAGCACCUGCGCCACUGUUCCAGUAAUCGCAGACGGAAAGAUCAAGAUUGGGUCUACAGAAUCAGUCCGUUUUGGAGAAACUGAAACCAUCACGAGUAGUGAAAAUGAGGCUGUGUAUAAGGCGGAUGUGUCUCGUCACUUCGGAGGCUUCAUGCGAUAUUUCUUUCUCCUACAGCCAGCGCGGCACUCUUACUGCCGGGGAAAUAGUUAACAGCAAACAUCGACGAUGGAAUUUACACUGCCGUCAGUACCUUCGACUUCAAGUUUGACAUUACAAGGGAAACACUUUGAUAUUCCACUAGUAAUUCGUAUUGUGCCUGUUAUUGUCAUCGAUUCUUCAUUCACGUUUCACGUGAUCGUGAUUUUUUCGUUGUUUGUAGAAUUCCAUUAAAACCGAGUCAAUGUCUUGAGUUUCGAAUGGAGCCCUUUACAAGAAUAAUUUAGAGGGAGCUUUAAUGAAAAAUGCUGGUUCAAACAU